CAUGACAUCGAUGGCGAUCACAUUUCGUGUAUUGACACUGAGGCUUGUAGAACGACUACAGAUCACGGACAGGCAAAACUUCAAGAUCGGCAUCUUUCAGUCCCGAAGCAUACAUGACUCGACACACAAAAAACUUCUAUGGCCUCUAUUGUUAAGCAUCAUGGCGACUGGUGGGACGAAGUCGUAUUGCCCACACACAACAGGGAACCGGACCAAGAAGAAAAACAAGGCGAAGACGCGGGUGCUCCUGGCGCUUUCGCAAUAUGUGAAUCUAAGCAAGACGAAUCUAAUUCCGUUUCCGAACGGCGACAAGUGUGUGAGGGUCCAGGAGGAGGAUUGA